AUGGGAGAAUACAUUCCUCGAUUUGAACAGCGUGAGGGUGACCAGCGAGGCUAUGGGCCACAACGUCUCCCGACAUUGGGAGCUGUACCAGUGCUCAAUGAGAAAGGACAACUUGUUAUGCAGAAAGUCAAAGUGCAGCGAUAUAUUGCGGGAAAAUUACCAAACUAUGCAAAGGACGAUGGGACCGACUCUGAAGAUGAAGUGAAAGAGGAGAAAAAGCGGCGGGAGAGCAGAUUUGACAAAGAGGAGCGACCAAAAGAAAGACAUAGACGGGAAAAAGACGAAGAGCGAGAACAGAGACGUCGUGAUCGACAUCGAGAAGAAAGCAGCCGGGUCAUUGAAGAACCCGAGAUCAUUGCAAAAGAAGAGUCUGAUAGCGAUACGGAAAUCGCUGAGCAACGCCGGCAGCGUGCGCGCUUGAGAAGAUUAGAGCUUGAGCAGCAACAGCAGCAGGAGGAAGAAGAUGAUAUUGGAAGUGACGAAGAGGAAUUCGAACGACGUCGGCAAAUGAUUCGAGAACGAGCCAAACAAAGGGAGUUCGAAGAACUGAAGGCGAAGGUAUUUGUUCGCAAGAAGGAUCGUGUCACAUUGCUUGAAGCAGAAAAAGAAAAGCUGGCGCAGGAAUUGCUCAAGAAGGAAGAGGAGAGGAAAAAAGAAGAACGAAAAAGAGAUAGCAUCAGGUUAGUGCAACAAGUGUUGCGCGAGGAAGAUGAAAUGGAAAAGCGAAAGAAAGAAGAAAAUAUCGAAUUGGGUUCUGUACCCACCGAUGAUGAAAGUGAGAAUGUUGCGUAUGAAACGUGGAAGUUACGAGAAAUGAAGCGAUUGAAAAGGAACAGAGAGGAACGAGAACAGUUAGCAAAGGAGAAGGCUGAAUUUGAGCGCGUUCAUAAUAUGACAGAAGAAGAACGUUUGAAAUAUCUACGUGCGAAUCCGAGAGUUAUCACAAACCAGGCCAUCAAGGGCAAAUACAAGUUCUUGCAAAAGUACUACCAUCGUGGUGCGUAUUACCUUGAUGAGGAAGAUGAUGUGUAUAAGAGGAACUUUGCCGAAGCCACGGCAGAUGACGUAUUCGAUAAAACAGUGCUUCCUAAAGUCAUGCAGGUCAGUUCAUCUGUUAAUAGUUUAGGCGCUAGGUUAAAAACUUUGGAAAGGCUUCACGUACGAAAUAUACACAUCUUACGAAUGAAGACACAACAGACCAUCAAGGUGUAUGGGCUAGCGCUAAUAACCUCAAUGUCCAAUUCUUCAACAAAAAAGCCGUUAAUGGAGAUGGAAGUGGACGGAGCGAAUGCGUCAGCGGAUCAGCGGCAGUCCGACGGAACUGGCGCUGCAUCCGCAGUCAGUGCCGAAGGUGGUGUUACCAAGCCAACUGCUCAAGUUGCUCCAACUCCGAUCCAGCCGCCUCCGCCAUCUCAGCCCGGUUUGCCCAAUUACUCACUCUUGAUGACGUUGAAUGGCCACCAGAAAUCGGUUGCGUCGUUGAAAUUUUCGCCUUGUGGGGCAUACAUCGCCUCUGCCUCGGCGGAUACUACGGUACGUGUAUGGUUUGUGAAGGAUGGUAAACCAAUGAAGACGUUAAACGGACACAAAAUAGGCAUCAACGAUGUGGCAUGGAGUCCGAACUCAUUAUUUCUGGCAUCGGCUUCCGAUGAUAAGACGGUCCGAAUUUGGGAGGUCGAAACAGGAAAGUGCAUCAAGACGUUGAAAGGCCAUACAAACUACGUUUUCUGCUGCGCUUACAAUCCUCAAUGUACGAUGGUAGCGUCGGGAUCGUUCGACGAAACCGUGCGAAUUUGGGACUUGCGGACGGGCCUAUGCACGAAGGUCCUACCUGCUCAUGCUGAUCCAGUCUCUGCGGUAUCUUUCAAUCGCGACGGUACCCUGCUUUGUUCGAGUUCGUAUGAUGGCCUGGUGAGGAUUUGGGAGACAGCGAAUGGACAGUGCGUGAAGACGUUGGUCGAUGACGACAACCCACCUGUGGCGUUUGUGAAGUUUUCUCCCAACGGCAAAUACAUUCUGGCAUCUACACUCGACAGCACGCUGAAAUUGUGGGAUUUCACAAAAGGUAAAUGUUUGAAGACCUAUACGGGACAUGUGAACCAGAAGUACUGCAUCUUCUCAAAUUUCUCCGUAACUGGUGGCAAAUGGAUUGUGUCGGGCUCUGAGGACAAGAAGAUCUACAUCUGGAAUCUGCAGACGAAGGAAGUGGUACAAACUAUCGAUUGCCAACAGGACGUCGUGCUGGCCACGGACUGCCAUCCAACGCAGAACAUCAUCGCGUCAUCUGGACUGGAGUCAGACUUCUCAAUUCACUUGUGGAAAAGCGAUUUUUGA